CACUGUAAAUACGAUAGGAGUUGUUAUAAUGCUCUUUGUUUUAUUGCAACUCUGAUAUUCGCGUCCAGCAUCUUUUCGGCAUUGCAAUAAAACAUGAAAAGGAGAUACGGGUUAACGAUUACGAUGUAACUCGUUCUCUUUUAACGUGACAGAAGCUUGAAUAAUAUAUAAUAUAUUGCUUUUCCUUAUGACUUCACUUUGACAGUCGAAAAGAAUUCGCUGGAUUUAUAAAUUUAUCGUCCACUUAAAAUUAAAAUAAACAUUGAAGAGUAAGUGUAUCAAAUUAAUAAUUACUUUCUUUUGAACACCAGAGAAUUUUCCACCUUUAAAUAAAGAGUAAUUUUCAUACCGCCACUGCUGGAAUUUGUUAUAUUGCCCGCCUGUCUUUGCCUCCGAUCUCAGCAUCGAGAACUUCGCUUUAGCGACCGUUACCGUCCGCCGUUAAAAAACAGACCCGACGAAAGCUAAAAUACGAGACCAAAAAUAAAGAAUAAAGCGCAAAACAAAAAUAAAAGUUGAAAACAAAAAAGUAAUUUAAGGAAAUGGCGUUUAUGAACCGAAAUAAGGCGGCUUCCCCGACACUGCAUCCGAGUGUCCUAAGAGAAAGAACAAGAAACAGCGAACAAAAGGAAAAAAUGAGACGUCAUUUUUUAUUGUCAACAAGAAAACUAUUGAUAAUAUUAUUAAUUAAUUAAAAUAAUUUCUGAUAUAUAUACGAAAAGAACGUAAAAGAUUGCUGGCAACACUGGACUUUGAAAUUUGAUUUCCUGCGUGCGUGAUCAAAUGUAAUGUGAAGUUGGAAUUUAAAAUUAGAAAUUAAGAAAUGGUUUGUGACGUUCGACACGAUGUCGUGUUGCAUUUCGCGUGCAAUUUGCUUCGACAUUUAGAGAAAAGAAUGUAAGAAAAAAGUAAAGUUAUGAAAAUAGAUAUAAUGCAGCUGUAACUAUGAAAGAAGUGCAAAAUUUAUAUCAAGGGACUUCAAAAGAUACUUUUUGCCCUUCUGAAGGCACUCCUGUUGAUUGUAAAGUGAUAAAGACUGCUGGACCAUAUUUAUUAGGUGCAAGACUUGGUAGCUCUCCAGUCAGAAGUAUUGUUCAGUGUUUAGCUAGAAAAGAAGGAACUGAUGAAUUUUUUACUCUCAAAAUUUUGACAUUGCAAAAUCCAUCAGAGGAAACGCAAGAUGAUCGUCAGGGUAAAAUGUUACUCCAUACGGAAUAUUCUUUAUUAUCGUUGCUUCACGAUCAAGAUGGUGUUGUUCAUCAUCAUGGAUUAUUCAAGGUAUUUUAUUAUUAUUAAAGUUGUUGAAUUAAUUAAAUAGGCAUUUAACUAUAUAUGAGUUUUUAAAAUUUGCUACAUAUAGCUGAAUAUGUCUAUGUAAGAAGAAUUAAUAUCGAGAUAUAUCGAGCCAAAUACCCCUAACUUUGAAUAAUUAUAGAAAAAUUCCGAGAUGGUAAAAUUCCAUUCCUUCUUACGAAUCAAGAUAUUUAAACAGAGGGCAGGAAAUGGUUUAAUAAACAAAUAAUGUGGAAAACUUAUAGUAGUAGGUAAAAAAAUUACAUAUAUAGAGGCAUUGUCUUUCAGAUGUAAUGCCUUCCCAAAAAUGUAUGAAAACAGUCAAAUAAUAAGAUUCCACAAUUAAAAUAAGUUCUAUUCUUAGAAAACUAAAAAGAAAAAUUAUAAAAUUGUUAUUAAGGUAGGAAUGUUGGAUGUGUCACACGCAUUCAUUGUAAAAAAAAUUGUU